AAAUUCUAUUCUCACCCCGAUAAAAGGACCGGUCGAUGCCUUGUACACCAGCUUACGCACGUAUAGAUGUGUACGAAUGUUGUUUAUGCCACCCCAGCGAGCCUCGGAUGUCGUGAUAUGUUACCAGCGGGAUGCUGUGAUAUACUGGCUUAUUUUCGACAUUUCCAGAACUCUGAUCAAUUUCAUGAUCAAUUUCAUUUCAAGAACUAGUAAUAAUGACGCAAAGCAGUAUUAUCAAAAUUCGAUGUGAUAAACAUCUGUAAGCAAGUUAUAAGAAAGCGUUGCUCAGUUUUGUAAACUAAGGUAGGUACAUCGUCGAUUCUAGUCUGUGACGUCCCGUCGGCUCUAUCAUGAAGCUUGAGACGUCUUCCCACUCGCCGCCUCGACGGAUAGACUAUAAGACGGGCUUGUGGUUCAUAAUCAUCAUCACCCUGAUUUGGCUUUUCAACCAGCAUUGGGCCGAAAGCGAACUAUCUCUUUCCGAGCUGCAGCAGAUCCUCCUUUCCGUUCCCUCAAGCGAGCACGUGCGCAAUUGGAGUUCCUACUACACCACGACGGGCUCUCAUCUUCCCGGGCAGGGCCUCCGCCAUGCGGAAUGGACUGAGGCCAGAUGGAAAGAUUUUGGCAUUGCCGAUGUACGCAUAGCCACUUACGACACCCAGGUGCCGAUGCCGACGGGCCGGCAGCGUCUAGCGCUCCUCCGUGGUGAUCGAGUCCUCUAUGAAGCCCCGCUGGUGGAUGAUAGCGCGACGGACAGCUUUUUCGCAAGUACUGGCUUUGUGCCUGCGUACUACGGCUUCUCGGCGAACGCCAACAUCUCGGCGCCGUACGUAUUCUGCAACUUCGGCAGCACUCAAGACUACGAUGACCUCAAGCGCCUUAACAUCAGCCUUGCCGGCAGGAUCGCUAUUGUCAAGUCGACCAACGCGUCACCUUACCUGCACUCGCGCCACCUGGAAAUCUUCCGCGGCAUCCAGGUCGCCAACGCAGAAGCACGGGGCGCAGUGGGCAUCGUGCUGUACGUUGAUCUCCAAAACGAUGGUCCGGUCACCGAGGCAAACGGUUUCAAGCCCUUCCCAGACGGGCCGGCAAGACCGCUUACGGGAAUUGAAAGGGGGACGUUGGGUAAUCUCGAGGACUUUUACGGCGGUUGGCUCGCCAAAAUUCCUUCCAUGCCUGUAUCAACAAGUGAUUCCAUUCACCUUUUGAGGGCGCUGAACACGCAUGGGCCUCUGGCUGCCGACUUGAGUGAUCGUUGGCAUGGUGGCGCGCUCGACUUCUACGGCGUGGAUUAUAACGUUGGGCCGUCCCCUCCCGGCGUCUCCAUUCAUCUCGUCAACCAAGCGACCCUUCACAACGUCUCUGUCCGUAACGUGAUAGCUACGAUUCACGGGACAAGUGCCGACGGCGAGGUGGUUAUAAUCGGCAAUCACCGUGAUGCUUGGGGACCAGGUGCUGGAGAUCCUAACAGCGGAUCUGCCGCGUUGAACGAAGUCGUACGAAGCUUUGGUGUUGCGCUGAAGAGCGGUUGGCGGCCGCACCGAACCAUUGUCUUUGCCAGUUGGGAAGGCGAGGAAUUUGGUCAGAUUGGUUCCCUGCCUUGGAUUCGUGAAAACUUGGAAUGGCUUCAGGCCUCCGCCGUUGCGUAUCUGAAUGUGGUAGUUGCUGCUUCUGGCAUGGUAUUCCGCGCCAAAGGUAGCCCACUUCUACACAGGAUGUUGUACUACGCAACAGACCUUGUGACAUCACCGAAUCAAACCGUAGCCAACCAGUCCGUUCGUGAUGUUUGGGGAGGGGAGAUUGGCACGGCAGGCGGUGGUGAUGCCAUUCGGUUUCAGGGUCUCCCUUGUGUUGCUACUGUCGAUUUCGGAUUCGUGCCUGGCUUGGGCACACGGCACGGCGUCUUUCCGUACCAUACCGGUUUCGACACUUACGAUUGGAUGGAUCGGGUUGGUGAUCCCGGAUGGCAUUAUCACGUCACCAGCGCCCAGAUAUGGUCUCUUAUGACUGCUCGUCUCGCGCAAUCGCAAGUGCUGGAUAUGAGCAUCGUGAACUACGCAGUAGCUAUACGGGACUGGGCGAUGGAGAUCGACCAGAUGUGGCCGUCGAUGAUUGACCUUUCCGCCCUUCACGGUGCAAUACAACGGCUUGCAGGGGCCGCCAGUGUUUUUGACACCCACGCGGACUCGUUAAGGGUGUCUACGAAGCCCUGGUGGGAGAUCUGGUCGACCAGCCGUCGGGAUGCUGAAAUACGUCAGGUGAACAAUAUCUACGCAGCUUUUGAGCGACAGUUCUUCUACGGGCCCGGUUUGGACGAUAACCCUUCGCUUCACCAUGUGAUGUAUGGUCCAUCGGCGUGGCAUAACGAGGCUCCGCCGAUGCCUGGGCUGCGCCAAAGUUUGACGGCAGCAAAUUGGACCAAUGCCGAGAGAUGGAGAGACAUCAUCAUCCAAAAAGUCAAUGACGCGACCCAUCUGCUGAAUGGACAAAAUGUCAUUUGGAGUGAACUGUAGAAGGAACCGGUACCUACACCAUCGCGGAAGUAAAUGGUACCUAGGUACCUAGGUACCUAGUAGGUAGGUAAGGGGCGUUAACACAAACACCGAGGCGUGUUUACGAGUCUGCUACGAACAUGACACUGAGGGAGAGAUAACUAUCAAUGCAUUUACUGAG